AUGCCGCAUUUUCGCAUUGAGACUAAUGUCCCAAAAUCUAAAAUACCACAUGAUUUUGUUACCAAAACGGUGCCAGUUUUGGCUAAAGCUCUAGGCAAACCAGAAUCAUACUGUGUUGUGACUGUGAUUCCAGACCUACUAAUGAGUUUUGGAGGCACUACAGAACCUUGUGCUAUUGCUAACCUUAUGUCUAUUGGAGCUCUUGGUGUAGAACAAAACAAAAAGCAUUCUAAAGUUCUUUUUGAGCUAGUGGAAAAAGAAUUGGGUGUAUCAAAUGAUAGAAUGUACAUAACUUUCCAAGAUGAACCAACAGGAAAUGUUGGAUUCAAGGGCACUACUUUCCAUUCAAUUUUUGGAUAA